CAAAUGUAGUUCGCUUUAGUGAACAACUUAAUAGACAUAUUCGAUCUAAUGAUAUGAUCCUCACCAUCCGUGAAAAACUUGACCACCUUGAAGGAUAUUUGAGAAUCCUGGCCCUGCAUAUACUAAAUAUCACUCCUGUAUCCAGCUCUAAUGAUUCAUCCAAUUAA